AACAUUCAACUAUUCAACUGAUCAGGCUAUUAACUUAGUCGUGUCUCCAAUCUUCAUUUCUCUGUAGAAUUUGAAUAGGUAUAUUUAUUAUAAUCUCACGCGAUUGUCGUGAUACUACAAUAUUAUACUAUUAGAGUCCACAAAAUACAAUAUUUAUAUUAACACUUGUGAGUAAUAAAGGCUCCGCCUUUCAAUUUUUAAUCUAUUGUUAUUUACCGGUUUGUACACGACGUGUAUAGUCUAUACAUGGCGUUGCUGAUAAAAUCCGCCAUUAAUUGCUGUCGCCUGACCGCUCGACCUAAACAUUUGAUCGUUUCACAGACGUUAAAGUUCAGUCCUCGUUUGUCGUACUCAACUAAAUCCGCCGCCAUGCUCGAACACGAAGUGGUUCCCGACGUGAUCGCCGUUGCGCCCAGCGACAAAAUUGAAGUAUCAUACCCAAGUGGAGUGGUUGUUAAUAUGGGUAAUGAACUCACACCCACUCAAGUAAAAGAUGAACCAUCUGUAAGCUGGCCUGCUGAUCCAAAUGCUUUGUAUACUCUUUGUAUGACAGAUCCUGAUGCUCCGAGUCGUAAAGAACACACAUAUAGAGAAUGGCAUCAUUGGUUAGUUGGAAAUAUUCCUGGUACUGAUAUCACUAAGGGUGAAACACUUUCUGAAUAUGUAGGCUCUGGACCACCACCUGAAACUGGACUUCAUCGUUAUGUAUUCUUAGCUUAUAAACAACCAUCAAAGUUGAAUUUUGAUGAACCCCGUUUAACUAACAGAUCUGCAGAAAAGCGUGAAAAGUUUUCUAUUGCUAAAUUUGCACUUAAAUACAAUUUGGGAAAUCCAGUUGCCGGAAAUUUCUAUCAAGCUCAAUAUGAUGAUUAUGUGCCAAUAUUAUACAAGCAGCUUGGUGCUUAAGUUAUUACAUAAGUAUAUAUUUUCAGUACUCGGCUCACAUGUGUAAUUAAAUAUUUCGAAAUAUUAAAUUUUAAAACAAUAGCAAUAUUAUUUAUAUUUUUAUUACUCAAACAAAAUUUGUCUUUAUAAUAAUUAUAAGUAAUAACAUGUAUUUUUUUUUUAUUAGAAUCAAUUAUGGAUGUGGUUAAAAAUGUUAGUUAAAAAUAAAUGUUUUUAAUUGAUGCUUUUAUUACAUAA